AUGGCUCAACUCCUACAGAUGCAGACUUUGGCCCCGAAUCUAAUCCUGAAUCAGGAUCCUCUUUUGACGACCCCGACCCUGACCCCGACUAUGACGACGACGAUGACCUCGACUCUGACUCCGACUCCGACAACGACCUCGACCCCCACUUCGAUGAUGACUCCGACCCCGACCCCGAAUUUGUCUUUGAUUCAGACCCCGAUCCCGACUCCGACCCCGACUCAGGCUCAGAUCCUGAUCCGAAUUCCUACUAAACCUAUAUCCUAUACAUCUUUCGCUGCACAGAUUAUGACUUCUCGACUAACGACCCCGACACAUGGACCAGAUUGCGAAUAUUGUGGUGAUCCAAGACACACUCGUGAGAUUUGUUUUAAAUUGCAUGGCUAUCCCGAUUGGUGGACUACUCUUAAAGAUCGAGGACAACACAAUACGACCAGUAAUAGUACUGGUUAUGGAUUCCAUACUUCCGCUAAGAUUGAUUCCAGGAGUUGGAUAAUUGAUUCCGGUGCAACUGAUCAUAUGACGUUUGAUCCUGAUGAUUUUCUGAAUACUACACAACCUCGACGAACCUGUAUUGCAAAUGCCAAUGGUGUUACUUAUCCUGUGACAGGGACUGGCACUGUUGCACUCUCAUCCUCUCUCACACUGUCUAAUACUUUACUUGUUCCAUCUUUAUCCACUAAAUUGUUGUCCGAUAUUCACACUAAGGAGAUUCUUGGUCGUGGUACUAAGAGAGGGGGGUUAUAUUAUGUCGAUGACUUCAGUCCUGGCAUGGCUAACAGUGUGACGCAUCCCUUUGAUAGCAAACAAAAGCAGAUCUGGUUGUGGCACCGUCGAUUGGGACAUCCGUCUUUUAGUUAUAUGAAGCAUCUUAUACCAGAUUUAUUCUCAGGUUUCAAGGACUUCGACUUCACAUGUGAUACUUGUAUUUUGGCCAAGAGUCACCGUGUGCCCUACCCGUUGAGUAUGAACAAGUGUACUACUCCAUUUACGUUAAUUCACUCUGAUGUCUGGGGACCUUCACCUAUCACUGCUCCUUCUGGUGUUCAAUGGUUUGUCACGUUCAUAGAUGAUUGUACACGGAUGACAUGGCUUUAUUUGCUGAAGAAUAAAAACGAAGUGUUUUCUCGGUUUCAGUUCUUCCACAAACAGAUGAAAACUCAGUUUAAUACUCAAAUCCAAAUUCUUCGCUCCGACAAUGGUGGAGAAUUUGUCAAUCAUGACUUUCAGACUUACUUCCAACAACAUGGAAUUAUCCAUGAGACGACUUGUCCUCAGACACCGCAACAAAAUGGUGUUGCUGAACGAAAGAAUCGACAUCUUCUUGAAACCACUCGAGCACUUCUGAUUGGAGCUCAUGUUCCUCGCCAUCACUGGGAUGAUGCUAUUGUCACUGCAGUUCACCUAAUCAACCGCAUGUCUUCUGGUGUAUUGACCUUUAAAACUCCCUUACAGGUGCUUGCGCAACACAAACCUCUGCCCUCUGUUUUGGUACUCACACCCCGAAUCUUUGGAUGUGUGGCUUUCGUUCAUCUCCACAAAAAUCAACGUAGCAAACUUGAUCCCUGUGCGCUUCGUUGUGUUUUUGUGGGUUAUGUCACUCAUCAGAAAGGCUACCGUUGUUAUCACCCUCCUACCCGACGUACCUAUGUCACUUUGGAUAUGACCUUUCUGGAAUCUGAGCUGUUUUUCCAUGACCUAUCAUCCAAUUCUACGCUUCAGGGGAAGAUACGAAGUGAAAAGCAGAAUUGGAGCAACUUAGAAAACGAAGAAAUUCUCCUAUGUACAGAAAUGAUUGAUCAUCCUGAGUCUAGAGCACAAGAUUACUUUAUGCCGAAAAAUAUUUCUGAUCCGAGUCUCACACCUACAGACAAUAUAGAACAACAAGAUGAAGACCCCCCUCUAACUCAACAGUACCAACAGACCAAUCUCCUGAGAAUAUCCUUGAGGCAAAAUCGUGGGAAGCCACCAAACCGCUAUUCACCUUAUAUUGGCAAAACAUCCAAGUAUCCAAUUGCAAAUCAUGUAUCCACUAAGAAGCUGUCUGAACCACUCAAGGCUUUUGUGCAUCAGUUGUCUGCUAUCCAUAUUCCAACCAAGGUCUCUGAAGCAUUGAAAGAUCCUAAGUGGCUCCAAGCUAUAAAAGAGGAGAUGAAAACUCUUGAGAAAAAUCAGACUUGGACAUUGGAGACUAUACCACGAGGAAAAAAGACCAUCGGAUGUAGAUGGGUGUUUACUAUAAAACACAAUGCAGAUGGGUCUAUCGAGCGAUACAAGGCAAGAUUUGUGGCAAAAGGGUACACACAAACCUAUGGUAUAGACUAUGAAGAAACCUUUGCUCCAGUUGCAAAGUUAAACACCGUCAGAGUCUUAUUGUCCCUUGCAGUUAAUUUGGAUUGGUCACUACACCAGUUUGAUGUAAAGAAUGCUUUUCUACAUGGCGAACUCACGGAGGAGGUGUACAUGGACAUUCCUCCUGGUUAUAAUACUACUCAGACUGGAACAGUUUGCAGGUUACGAAAAACAUUGUAUGGGUUGAAACAGUCACCACGUGCAUGGUUUGGACGGUUCACCAUGGCAAUGAAGAACAAUGGUUUCAAACAGUGCAACUCCGAUCAUACUCUGUUCUUGAAACAUCGGAAAGGGAAGGAUCUAGGUGGACUCAAGUAUUUCUUGGGAAUUGAGGUGGCUCGAUCGCAGCAAGGCAUAUUUCUCUCUCAAAGGAAAUAUGUCUUGGACUUGUUGACAGACACAGGAAUGCUAGAUUGCAAACCUGCGGACACUCCUAUUGUUCAGAAUCAUCAUCUUGGAGAAUAUCCGGAUCAAGUUCCAACUAACAAAGAAAGAUACCAAAGGUUAGUGGGAAGAUUGAUUUAUUUGUCACAUACUCGACCAGACAUUGCUUAUGCAGUGAGCGUUGUCAGUCAAUUUAUGCACUCUCCAAGUGAAGACCACAUGAAUGCAGUUCUUCAGAUACUUAGAUAUUUGAAGUCUGCACCUGGAAAAGGACUUAUGUUCUCAAAGCAUGGUCAUCUAAAUAUUGAUGGUUAUUCAGAUGCAGAUUGGGCAGGUAAUGUAACAGAUAGAAAAUCCACAUCGGGUUACUUCACAUUCGUGGGAGGUAAUUUGGUGACAUGGAGAAGCAAGAAACAGAAUGUAGUAGCUUUAUCCAGUGCAGAAGCCGAGUUCAGAGGCAUGACUAAAGGGAUUUGUGAACUUCUUUGGUUAAGAAAGUUGCUUACUGAACUUGGGUAUAAAUCUACAUCUACAAUAAAUCUCUUUUGUGACAACAAGGCUACUAUAGCCAUUGCACAGAAUCCGGUUCAGCAUGAUCGUACUAAACAUGUUGAGGUUGAUCGACACUUCAUCAAACAGAAGCUUGAGGCUAAAGUGUUUCAGUUUCCUUUUGUGAAAUCCGAGGAUUAA